UGUAUUGUCUUUCAGAUUCAUCAGAGUGAUGGUGAAUUAAGAUCUUUAUGAAGGAUGAAACCGAUAGACAGAAGUCAUCCUUGUCUACUUGGAUUUCUUGUGACUUUUUGCCUUUCAUUUCUCUCCAAGUGCAGCUUAGCCUGCCCUAAGCCCUGUGCCUGCUAUGUUCCAACAGAGGUACACUGCACAUUUAGGUAUCUAACCGCCAUCCCUAAGCAGGUCAAUACAUAUGUGCAACGCAUUAAUUUAGGAUAUAACAGCAUUAGCAAGCUUGAAGAAACUGAUUUUUCUGGUUUACAGAAACUGGAGCUGCUGAUGUUGCAUAGCAAUGAGAUCCAAGCAAUUCACGAAAGAGCUUUUAAUGACUUGUCUUCACUACAGGUUUUGAAAAUGAGCUACAAUAAAGUGAAAUUUUUCCACAAAAAUACAUUUCACGGACUUAAGAAAUUGGUGAGGCUACACAUGGAUCACAAUAAACUAGAAUUCAUAAACCCUGAAUCAUUUUAUGGACUCACAUCACUAAAACUGGUCCAUUUGGAAGGAAACCUGCUCAGACAACUUCACACAGAUACUUUUCUGACUUUGCGAUAUAUAGAUAUAUUCAAAACGUCAUCUAUAAAACAAAUAUAUCUUUCUGAUAACCAGCUUUCAUCACUACCAAAAGAUAUGUUCUCAUAUAUGACUGAAUUAGAAGAAAUUUAUCUCCAUGGAAAUCCCUGGUCUUGUGAUUGUAGACUUCAGUGGCUAAAAGAUUGGGCACAGCAAACUAGAGAGAAAAUGAAAUGCAAGAAGUAUCGUUCAGGUCAACAAUGUCCAAUUUGUGCUUCUCCAAGAAAAAAUUAUGCAAAAACACUUACUGAAAUAUCAUCUGAAGAUCUGGCAUGUAUUAAACCAACCAUAGAUGAAAUCUUUAAAGUAAAAAAUGCUACCACAACAGAAGAAGGAGGAUCUAUUGCUGUUUCGUCGAAAGAUUUUGUAGCACCUAUGGGCUCCCUUAUCCUAAAUAUGACUGACCAAUAUGGAAAUGAAGCAAAUUUGGCUUGUAGUGUUCAAAAACCAACAAACAUGUCCCAGUUAACUAUGGAUACAAAAUCAGAUUAUUCAGCAAUGAGGACUACAUUCUCUUCUUUUCUUGUGUGCAACAUAGACUAUGAUCAUAUUCAAAAGUUAUGGGGCAUACUGGCAAUGUACAGUGAUACUCCAAUGAAACUCAAACGAGAACUCCUACUUACACAAACUCCAUUUAUUAGUUACAAAUACAAACAAUCUGCAACAAAUGAUGAAGUCUUUACUGAUAUUGAAGCAGAAAUUAGAACUGAACCAAGCUGGUUGAUGCAGGAUGAAGUUGUACUACAAUUAGAUAGAACAGCGACAACUCUUAGCACAUUACACAUUAGGUAUAUGGUUGAUGUCUAUAUUUCAUUGCCUAAUGGUCCUGAACAACUUUUUAAAACUGGUUGGGUCAUGAUAAUAAAGAAUAACCAAACAAAAACAGAAUAUUCAGCAGUAAUUGGAGGAACUGUAGAAAUAGAUUGUAAAGUUGUAGGUGAACCAACUCCUGCUAUCGAGUGGCUUCUUCCUGAUGGAAGUAAAAUUAGGGCACCAUAUGCAAGUGAAGAGGGGAGAAUAACAAUCACAAAAAGUGGGAAAUUUAUACUCAAGUCUGCCGACAGCUUUGACACUGGUGUUUAUCAUUGCAUUGCUACUAAUUAUAUUGAUGCGGAUGUUCUAGCCUUCAGAAUUACUGUUAUCAAUGGUUAUGUUGAAGAACAAUUUGUCAAUGGAGUUGAGCUUUCAGUGAGUAAUGGAGAUCACAUUAACCUACCAUGUGGGUCAAGUGGUAUUCCUGAUGCAUCUGUAAAUUGGAUUUUGCCAGAUCACUCAGUGUUGUAUGAACCUUCAAGGAACAAGAUAAUUUUGGCUAAUGGGACAUUGCAAAUACGAGGCAUAUCAGAAAGAGACAGUGGCCAUUUUAGAUGUUUAGCAGCUAAUCAGUAUGGACUUGAUAUACUUACACACAGAGUUCUAGUUAAAGAGAGACAAAUUGGUGUUAUAAUAAAGAAAACCGAAAAUGAUGAUGGAUCUGGAAAUGAAGAUAAUGAAGAACUUAGUAAACAGUCAGCUAUGGGAGUUACAGAACAAAAGCAAUUCCCUGUACACAUCCAAUCUGGACAUAUUUUUUCUAGAAAGGGUGCAAAACAACACAGGAAUAUAGGCAUUCAACGAAGAAAUAAAAUAAGCAGACGACUGAGGGGACAGAGACGACAAUUUACUCAGGGUAACAGGAAGAUUGAUCCUUUACGAUGGGCAGAAAUCUUAGAAAAAACAAAACAAAAUGCAAGAAAACCCAAAAUAGAAACCAAAAUAUUUGAAAGUUCUUUAAAAGAAGAAUAUACUAUUGGAAGGGCAUCAGGUGAUCUGGAGGAAUCCUCUGGUGAAGAACUUCUUCCAGUGAAAGAAAAGUUCUUUAUAUUAACAACAAGACAUUCAUCUCUUACCAUAUUAAAUGUAGCACCUACAACUAAAACAAUUACAGACUCUAUAACAUUAAAGACACAGACACAACCAACAAAAACAAUUUCAGCAUUGAGUCCAAACAGAAUCAAAACAGAAACCUUGGAGAAUCAGGUGGUAAAUACAGACUCAACAGUUAGUGCUCCAUUUCAACCAACAACACAUAGUUUGUUAAAUAACACAUUCAUAGAGCUAAUUUCAAAACCCCAAGCAACUUCUAAUGAUUUGUAUGCAACAUUAAAGGAUGUUACAACUACCUCUGUAUUAGAAAAUACAGAAAAUCUUCACCAUGGAAGGCCACAUGUCAAUAACAAUGAAUUAACAACUGCAUUUAAUUCUCUAACGGUUACACCGCAAACAGUAAUUACUAGUCCAUCAUCUACCAGCAGUUACAUAUAUACCACAGUACCAAAUUUUAUAACAACACCAGCAAUACCUAGUUAUGCUCAUACUAAAUCUCAGCAAGGCACCACAGACUACACUAUACCAGAGUACUCACAUAUUUAUACACAAGGCAUAAUUACUAAUCCAGGCACUACUUCUAAUUAUUUGAAUUUACGCUCACCAAAUGUUUUGAAGAAAACCCCAUUAGAAUUAAAUAUAUCAAGUAGUUUGGUUCCUAGUAUUAUACAUAACCCAACAACACCUCCAAAUGAAUUGUCUUUGACACUAAAAGACAGAUUAACCUACCAACCAACUAUACCAAGUUACUUACAAGUAACAUCUAAGAAUGUAAUAAGCAAACCACAAACAACACCAUAUGAAAAAUUCCCCUUUAGACUCAAAGGUAUGUUACCCUAUAAGCCCACUACAUCUAACUACUUACAAGGAACAUCUCAAAAUGUUAUAAGCAAGCCUCAGUCAACUCCAUAUGCAAAACUACCUUUUACAACUGAAGUAAUAAUACCUUAUCAACCAACUACACCUAGAUACGUAUAUGAAACUUCUCAAUAUGUUUUAAGCAAACUUCAAACAACUCCAUCUAACACAUUGGUUUUUUCAACCAAAGUUUUGGGAACCAAAAGCUAUUUACAGGAAACUUCUACACCUGUUAUAAAGAAACAGCAAACUUUGUUGGACAAAUAUAAAGAUACUUUGAAUACAAACCAAACAAAAAGUAGGCCCCUGAAUCCUAUAACUAAACUAUUUGUCAGUACAGCACCAGUAAAACCAGAAGACAAAGUCAAGAGUACACUACCUUCAAAGAUAUCUGGAGAACAACAGGAUCUUGUCACUAAAGAUUUCACUAAAGAGUCAUAUAUUAUUUCAACUUUGGUAAAUAACACAGACAUUUAUGAUUUUGGUCAUUCCUCAACCACUGUACAAAUAGAAACAAACAUACCUGAAACAACCUCUAAACCUUUCAUGGAAAAUGUGCUAUAUUCAAAGACUUUAAUACAAACAAAGAAUUCAACUAAAAAAGUACCUCAUUUCAUAGAGAAAAAUGAAACUGAAGAGGCAAAUGUUGAUUCAUCAACCAAAUCAGCUGCCAAACAUUUUCUUUCAGAAACAGAGAUUGGUCCCAUCUACUUCCACACUACACAAAAAAUAAUCUCACCACAAUUUCCAGUAGGCUCCAAAAUCAUUACACAUCAACAGAUUCAGAUAGUAAAAGAUGUCACACCAUACAUGCCAACAGUAAAACGUUAUGGACGGAGAAGAAUUUCUGGCAAAAGAAGAAUUGUAAGACCAGACCGCAUUCUAGAUAUCAAGUCUCGCUUUUCACUUUCAAAGUCAAAUUUAAAAGACUAUACUCAAGAAAUAACAACAACAACAACCUAUUCUACAAGUUUAGAACCAAGUAAACAAAAACAAAUACUGCAUUCUACUUAUUCUUCAAGAAAUGCUUCUGUUCUGAAAACCACUGAGCAAACUUUGACCACAGCCACAUCAAAUCCACUUGUGAAUAAGACCUCUACUCAAAAAGAUUCAACAAAAAAAGUAAAUAUAACUAUCACUAAUAAUCAUGGAAUAUUUGCCCAAUUUGAUAAUUCAAUAACACUUGAAACCGGCAAAGAAAACAUGCCAACCGUACCUACUCAGCAGGUUCACACUACAAAAAAAACAUACCUGACAACACAUGCUCAAGCAACAAAGCUGCCAGUGGGAAAAGGAGAAGUUUUACUCUCUACCACAGCUAAAUCCACCACGAAACCUAGAGCUACUUCAAAAGUAUUAAGGAGAAAGAUUCCUUGGCACAAACUGUUUGGAAACAACCCAAAUAUUCAAAAGGAGAUAUUAAAGAAGUUAAGGAAAAAUACAGAGCUAACAGCAAAUACAACAGUAAAACCAUCUUUAACUCUUACGUCGCCCAUGUUAAAAACAUCCACAGAAGCCAAUCGCUCAUCUAUGAGCAAUUUAAAGUACAGUACAUCAAGACCAGUAACAAGUGUCACUAUAAUGCAGACUGAGACAACUCUAGUACCAGACAUAAUUUUGACAGACUCCUUUCAUUUAGCCAGUUAUAAUACUGCUACCACAUCUGGAUAUCAAAUUAUUACACCUACUUCAAAAUCAAAACAUUUUACAUCUCCAGCAUCGCCCUUAACUGUGGACAAGGCAGCUAAGCGAAAAUUCUUGAAAAAAAGACCACGGAAGAAAACAAUUUUAAACAAACAAAUAAAUUUAGACAUGUGGAAACUACCAAGAUCCAACAUUUCCAACUACACACAAUCUAAAUUGAGGUCUUCAGAACUAAAGGAUAAUGCAGGCAGUAGUAGGGCCAUUUAUCCAAAAGAAAUUACCAAAACUCAGGGAAUUACUCAAAUUCCACAAUUUUUAAUGAAGACUAAUAAUUAUCCACAUACUUCAUUUUACACUAGCAAACCCAAUGGUAUUUUGAUACCCACAAUCAAAAAUUAUAUUUGGACUAAAACUUCAAAUCCACUGAAAUUAUUCUUAGAUGAAAAGUCUAAAAUGAAAGAUAUUAAUCAAAUGGGGAAAAAGUAUUUUACUAGUUAUGAGCAAGCAGUGACUACAUUUAGCCAAGAUACUUUUAUGACCACUCAACAAGAGACAAAAAACAAUGUACCCUAUGACCUGGACAUUAUACCAAGUACUUUGGUUCCAACCUUACAAACAUAUGAGAUUACUACCAAAGAUGCCGUCCAAUCUCCCCUACCAGUAAAGAAAACCACUCAAAGGCCAUCUAUAUUUACAGAGAAAAAAAAGAUUCAGAGUUUGGAAAAUAAUUCUAAUUGGGAAUUGACAGAAACAACUGUAAGCAUUACAACAACCAAAAAGAUUAAAUAUUCUGAAAACGACAAGCCUUCAUUGGCUAAACAGCAGCAUGGCAAGGAAAUCGGAUUAGAAAAGCCAGUGGCUAUGACAACAACCACAGCUAACCUCCUCAGAACAGAUUCUACAACACAAAACAGUAGAUCAAAGCCUAGAAUAAUUGGAGGAAAAGCAGCAAGUUUCACAGCAUUGGCUAAUUCUGAUGCUUUCAUCCCAUGUGAAACCAGUGGGAAUCCAACACCAACAAUUAUUUGGACAAAAGUAUCUUCAGGAACUUUUGUAUCGAAAACAAGACGAGUAAACAAAAUGGAGGUUUUUAUCAAUGGUACCCUCAGCAUCUCAAGCGUUGGCAUACAUGAUGGUGGACAGUAUCUUUGUGUGGCCAGUAAUCAACUUGGCUCAGAUCGUCUGCUUGUUACACUAUCAGUGAUAACUUACCCCCCAAGGAUCUUGCAGGGGAGAUCAAGAGAGAUUACAGUUCACUCAGGAAACACUAUCAAUGUAAACUGUCAAGCUGAAGGUAGACCUUUUCCCACAAUUACAUGGACUUUGAAAAAUGAGACCAUUCGCUUUGGAACACCUACAAGCAAUAGUAAGAUAUAUGUGCAGCCAGAUGGCACGCUCAUAAUCAAAGAUGCAACCAUAUAUGAUCGAGGGAUUUACAGGUGCUUAGCUACCAACCUAGCAGGAGAUGAUACCUUUACAGUAAGGAUUCAAGUGAUUGCUGCUCCUCCAGUUAUUGUGGAAGAAAAACGGCAGACUGUUCUAGCCACUACUGGUGAGAAUCUAAAGAUUCCUUGCACAGCUAAAGGAAAUCCUAAACCUACAAUUCACUGGGUAGCUUUUGGUAUAAAAGUUAAACCAUUGCAAUAUGUAAAUGCAAAACUGUUUCUUUUUUCUAAUGGAACGCUAUACAUAAGAAAUGUGGCUUCAACAGACAAUGGCAAUUAUGAAUGUAUUGCAACCAGUUCAACUGGGUCAGAAAGAAGAGUGGUUAAUCUCAUAGUGGAGCAAAGCGAUACUUUUCCUAAAAUAACUGAGGCAUCUCCAAAAGCUACUGAGAUGAACUUUGGAGACAAACUCAUGCUAAACUGUACUGCAACAGGGGAACCAAAGCCAAGGAUAAUAUGGCGACUGCCAUCAAAAGCAGUGGUGGAUCAGUGGCACAGAAUGGGGACUCGAAUUCAUGUAUCUCCAAAUGGUUCCUUAUUUGUGGAUUCUGUGAAUGAUAAAGACGCAGGAGACUAUUUAUGUGUGGCAAGGAAUAAAAUGGGUGAUGAUGUUAUAUUGAUGAAAGUCAGUGUGACAAUGAAACCAGCGAAAAUUCACAAACAACAGCUCACAAAGCAAGUGCCAUAUGGUAAAGAUUUUAAAGUCGACUGCAAGGCUUCAGGGUCUCCACUGCCUGAAAUAUCUUGGAGCUUGCCGGACGGUACCAUGAUAAAUAAUAUUCUCCUAGCUGAUGAUAGUGGAAGGAGAAAACGGAGAUAUGUUCUCUUUGACAAUGGAACUUUGUACCUAAACAAAGUAGGCAUAGCCGAAGAAGGUGAUUACACUUGUUAUGCUGAAAAUAAACUGGGACGAGAUGAAAUGAAGGUUCACAUAAGUGUGGUUACAGCUGCUCCACACAUUAAAUUAAAUAUGAAGACAAGCUAUGAAGCAAAGGCUGGAGAAAGUGUGGUUUUAGACUGUGAGGCAAAUGGAGAACCAACACCAAAAAUAUUUUGGUUGCUUCCCUCAAGUGAUAUGAUAGCUGUAUCUCAUGACAGAUAUUUAUUGCAUGAAAAUGGAUCUUUGACAGUAAACCAAGUUAAAUUAUUAGAUGCAGGGGAAUACAUGUGUGUAGCACGCAACCCUGCAGGUGAUGACACAAAGCUUCUCAAAUUAGAGGUCCAUGCAAAACCCCCAAUUAUCAAUGGUCUAUAUUCAAACAAAACUAUAAUCAAGGACACUGCCAUUAAACACUCUAGAAAAUUGAUUGACUGUACAGCUGAAGGGGCUGCCCCACUUCAGAUUAUGUGGAUUAUGCCAGAUAAUAUUUAUAUAACUGUGCCAUACCACGGGAGUAGGAUAGUGGUCCACAAAAAUGGAACUUUAGAAAUUCGGAACAUAAGGCCUUCAGAUACAGCAGAAUUUACAUGUGUUGCUCGCAAUGAUGGAGGUGAAAGCAUGCUUGUGGUUCAGCUGGAAGUACUGGAGAUGCUUAGACGGCCAAUGUUCAAAAAUCCAUUUAAUGAAAAAGUUAUUGCUAAGCCAGGCAAAAUGACAAUAUUAAACUGCUUUGCUGAGGGAAAUCCUUCUCCAGAAAUAAUGUGGCUUCUGCCAAAUGGCACACGUUUUUUAAGUGGGCCGUCAAUUUCUAAAUACCAUGUGGGAAACAAUGGAACUUUUAUUAUUUACAACCCAACCAAAGAUGAUGCAGGAAGAUAUCGAUGUGCAGCUAGAAAUAAAGUGGGCUAUAUUGAAAAGCUUAUUAUAUUGGAGGUUGGUCAAAAGCCAAAUAUCCUUACACACCCUAGAGGACCCAUUAAAAGCAUUAUUGGAGAAGUAUUUUCUUUACAUUGUCUUUCUGAUGGAAUACCUAGACCAAGUAUUACCUGGAUACUGCCAAGUGGUUAUGUUAUUGAGAGACCACAAGUUCAAGGGAAAUACAAAUUACUUGAGAAUGGAACUUUGGUUAUUCAAGAAACAGCAAUACAUGACCAUGGAAACUACCAGUGUAAGGCCAAGAAUUAUGCAGGUGAGGCAGCUAUUACUGUUUCAGUUGUGGUUGUCGCAUAUCCUCCAAGGAUUACAAACAAGCCUCCGCAGACUCUCCAUGCAAGGGUAGGGUCUACUGUACGUCUUAAUUGCAUGGCCAUUGGAAUACCCAAACCAGACAUAUUCUGGGAGCUGCCAGACCUCUCUAUAUUGUCAACAGCAAGUCAAGGAAGCCUUAGUGGAACAGAACUUCUUCAUCCUCAAGGCACAUUAGUUAUUCAGAAACCUCAAACUUCAGAUUCUGGAAUAUAUAAAUGCAUAGCAAAAAAUUCCCUUGGCUCUGACAUCAGUAAAACAUACUUAAAUGUAAUCUCACAGCGUAAUUAAAGAAAUGGGCCUAAAAGUAAACUGAAAGAACUAAAUGAAUAGCGACACCUAUGAUAUAUUUGGGAUAAUGCUUCUGCAAGCUAUAAACCUCAAGGCAUGCAUAUUUGUGAAGAUCUAAUAUUUCUAUCAGCAUUAUUACAGAGAUUUUAUUUAAAGCACUUUCUUUAAUUCUCUCGUUCAAAAGAAAACUGUGAAAAUAAAGACUCACAUUAUAUAAAGUAUAUAUUUUAUUUAGAAGUC